ACCUUUAAAAGCAGUAACCAUUUCGGAGUCGUCCAUACCUUGAAUCGGUCGUUUGUUUUAGUCAGACAUGAUCAUGGCGUCCAAAAGUACCCUUGUUCUCGUCCUUGUUGGUGUGAUGGGUAGGUUGAUCUCUGCCCAGUGGGGUAACAACGGUUGGGGUAACUUUGGACAACAGCCUGGGUGGCCUCAACCCGGUGGUCAACCUGGCAUUGGAGGUGGACUUGGAGUUGGAGGUGGACUUGGAGUUGGAGGUGGAGUUGGAGGUGGAAUAGGAAGUGGUCAAGGAAUCUGGGGAAACAACCGGAACACCCAACGCUAUUUCACGUGUAUAGGAAAAAAUACAAAUGGCGAUGAGAUGAGAGUGACCUUCACUCAAGCAGAUCAGCAAGAGAGAUGGCAAAUCAACCGUUGGUUCAACCCACAACGCAUUCAGAUGGAUGCUGUGGUCCGCGUGUCUGGUCAGUCUCAGACCGCUGGACAGUUCCAGUUGGUGGUCACCCGCUACGGUCGUGUGGAGGAUGGUUGUUCAAGCCAAGCUCUGGGCAGAAUCGUGGAUAACUUCCAAGGAAUGAACUUCUUCCAGCCAAGAGAGUCUAAUUCCCAAACUGGAGUGCUUGGAUCGCCUUUCGUGCUCAGACCCAACCAAGGUCAUACCUCAAGCGGAAUCGUGCGUGGCUUUGAGGCACUGGAAGAACUGAAUGGACGUGGUCUUGCUCUCUGCUUGUCGAUGAACAUCAGAAACGGAAUGUGCCAAGAUAUCAUCCCCCUGUGCGGCAAGAUUGGACGCGACUCCGCCAGCGCCACCUCCCCCAUCGCCAGCCCCUUCAACCAAUUCGGUCAGAGUCAGAUGGGAGGCAUGGGCCAGAUGGGAGGCAUGGGCCAGAUGGGAGGCAUGGGCCAGAUGGGAGGCAUGGGACAACUUGGUGGAGUCUCUGGAGUCGCCGGCAUGCCUAUGGGACAACCCAUGACUGGUCUUAACCAGGGCGGCGCCCUACCAGGACAGCAGACUGGAGGUCUCCCUGGGUCUCCGCCUGCCGGUGCUGGACUUAUGUUUGGUAACACCGCAGGAAAGAAAUAAACCUUAUCAAGCAAACAGCUUGCCCAUGUUCAGUUCCGAAGAGCAAUUUUAUAUGCCACAUGUUCGAUGUUGCAAUCAAGGGUCGAUUCUUCUUAAUUUCCAUCACAUAUAUUUGCACAGUUGAAAACCAAAAAACAGAAUAUGUAUUGGAAAAAAUAAAAACCAGGAAUCCUGAACUUCUGGUGACUUUUUGUGUUGUUUUUCAUGUAGGAAAUAUGUUUGGCACGUUUAGAUACAAUAUUUAAAUUGCACUCCAAAAUGUUUUUGGCCAUGUUAUCUUAACAAAAGUUUAAAAAGUGUUUUUGUAAAUAUAUACAUAAGACAAAGCACGGAAUCUUCAUUAUGAUAAUAUGAUAAUAAUACUUUAUGGUUCCUCAUUAUGCCAUAAUAUGACAUGUAUCAGGAAUGAUUUGUGGUGAUAGUUUGGUUGACAGUGUUACAGAAUGCACAUUAUUUAACUUAUAAUUUCCUUUUUCGUUUGUGAUUCGUUUGUUAUAAAAAAAAUAAAAAGUUUAAUUAAAAGACA